UGGCCAGGGGUUCCGGCUGCAUUUCCAUGAGCGCCGCCGGCAGCGGCGGAGCUGCGGGCACCGGCCGGGGGCGAGCUGGGUCGCUGUAGUCCACCGCACGCAGCUUUCAGGUUAACCUGAGUGAGAGACCCGAGCUGCCCGGCCCGCUGCACAGCUGCCUCGCCGAGGGACGUCAUUCCGCAGCUGAGGAACAGAGAGACGGAUCAAGAUGAACGCCAUGCUGGAGACCCCCGAGCUGCCGGCCGUGUUCGACGGGGUGAAGCUGGCAGCGGUGGCCGCCGCCCUCUACGUGAUCGUCCGGUGCUUGAACCUGAAGAGCCCCACGGCCCCGCCCGACCUCUACUUCCAGGACUCGGGGCUCUCGCGCUUCCUGCUCAAGUCCUGUCCUCUUCUGACCAAAGAGUACAUUCCACCGCUCAUCUGGGGCAAGAGUGGCCACAUCCAGACCGCGCUGUACGGGAAGAUGGGCAGAGUGAGGUCGCCGCACCCCUACGGGCACCGCAAGUUCAUCACCAUGUCUGACGGCGCCACGUCCACCUUCGACCUCUUCGAGCCCCUGGCGGAGCACUGUGUAGGAGACGACGUCACCAUGGUCAUUUGCCCCGGGAUCGCCAACCACAGCGAGAAGCAGUACAUCCGCACCUUCGUCGACUACGCGCAGAGGAACGGCUACCGCUGCGCCGUGCUGAACCACCUGGGCGCCCUGCCCGACAUCGAGCUCACCUCCCCGCGCAUGUUCACCUACGGCUGCACCUGGGAGUUUGGAGCCAUGGUCAACUACAUCAAGAGGACGUACCCCCUGACCCAGCUGGUGGUCGUGGGCUUCAGCCUGGGGGGGAACAUCGUGUGUAAAUACUUGGGGGAGACCCAGGCCAACCAAGAGAGGGUCCUGUGCUGUGUCAGCGUGUGCCAGGGGUACAGCGCCCUGAGGGCGCAGGAGACCUUCAUGCAGUGGGACCAGUGCCGGCGCUUCUACAACUUCCUCAUGGCCGACAACAUGAAGAAGAUCAUCCUGUCGCACAGGCAAGCUCUUUUCGGAGACCAUGUGAAGAAGCCGCAGAGCCUGGAGGACACGGACUUGAGCCGCCUCUACACAGCCACGUCCCUCAUGCAGAUCGACGACAACGUGAUGAGGAAGUUCCACGGCUACACCUCGCUGAAGGAGUACUACGAGGAGGAGAGCUGCAUGCGCUACCUGCACAGGAUCUAUGUGCCUCUCAUGCUGGUGAACGCGGCCGAUGACCCCCUGGUGCACGAGAGCCUUCUCACCAUCCCAAAGUCUCUCUCAGAGAAACGGGAGAACGUCAUGUUCGUGCUGCCGCUGCACGGGGGCCACCUGGGCUUCUUCGAGGGCUCCGUGCUGUUCCCAGCGCCCCUGACGUGGAUGGACAAGCUGGUGGUGGAGUACGCCGACGCCAUCUGCCAGUGGGAGCGCACCAAGUGGCAGUGCUCCGACGCGGGUCCCGUGGGGGCGGGCGCCGAGUGAGCCAGGCUCGGCCCGCCCCGGCCCCGGCCCUGCAGCCUGUCGGGCCGUCCCCCGUGGUGGCUGGGCUCGGACCUCACACCGCGGGGCCGGGACCCCUGUCCCGGAGGAGGCUGCUGGCCCCAGGAGCUCUGGGCUAUUUUUGUGCUUAGUUACUGGUGUUCUCCAUUGCCUUGUUAGCCGUGGUGACAGGCCCCAGGGUCUCGCCCUCCUGCCCAGUUUCAGCGGCUGACUGCUUUUAAGCCAAUCACGUCUAGUUUCCCUAUUAAAAAUGUCUGAACAGCAAGUUUGCUUUGCCAACCAAGAGGCUUUUCCAAGACAGCGAGGGAUUGUUCCCGCGGUGAUGGCCUUGCGUGCUGACGGCCCGCCAGGCCGGCCCUCACUCUCGAGGCCCCCGGCGGGCGCCCGAGUGCCUGGGCUCGCCCGAGUGUUCCGCCCUCACGGAGCUCGACGUUUCCCCUACUUUGCCCGUGCUGAGAGUUACCUGGGGCGCUAGUUAAAAAUUCAGCCUCCCAGGUGCCUCCCCUUGGGGAAGCCGGAGCCAGGGUCUGGAGGGAGCCCCGGGAUUUUAAUUUUCAACAAGUGCCCCAGGUGGUUCUCAUCUCUGGGCCAGUGUGGGAAACGGGCCCUCGGGGCCUCCCUCAGGCGCGGGCCUCCUGAGCAGCGAGGCCAUCACGGAGCUGCCCCAGGGUGGCCACUGGUGAGGUCUCGGAAAGGGCCCUGACAGGUGCACGGAGCCCGACGCUGCCCCUCUGUGGCCUCGAGCCCCCUUGCGCUCUGUGUGUGCCCAUAACGGGGGCUGGGACCAGGCAGCUUGCCGAGAGCUCCCCCAGUCCUAAGUUCAGUGACAAACUCAGCGUCCUGAGGUUUGAGAGAACAUCGGCGGGCGGGUCCUCCUUCCACACGGAAGCCCACCAUGCCGUCUGCCUUUCUCCCCGUUCCCUAGGAAGAGGGGUCUGUCGCUUGUUUCUGUCUGUCUGUUUUUAAAGCACUCAAUGGUCAUUUUAUUUUUUCAACCCAGGUCUCUCUAACUCUGGCUUUUGAUACCAAAUAAUUCAAAAGUUAGAGGAAGAUCAGUCCAACCGAGAGAGGGGUUCCUUUGAAGCCAGAUUUUUUGUUUCGUUAAUAGCCUGUGUUUGUAGUCUGUCGGGUAGAUCUUUCCAGAGUGUGUCUUCUCCAGCGAAGAUGUCACUGGAGGUUUCAAGUACUCCUCUCCCCCCUCCUGCGGUACUUGAGUCUCUAAACAAACACCCUGCGCUUUGAAGACUCAGCGGUGGCUCUCUAGAGGAGACCGAACUACCAGUGAGAUUGCCUGGAGACUUCAAAAGAUGUCCCUGCCUUGCCUCCGAGGCUCCGGCCGCCCUAGGGCUCUGUGCGGGCGUGAGGGCGGGGUCCUGGCCUGGGGCCGCGCGGCUGCGGCUUCGGCCUUGGUCCAGGUGACCCGGCACUGUCUGUUCCCCGACAGCCCCAGGCCGUCCCGCCAGGGGCAGCCCAGGCAGCGGCCCUGCAGGCCUCAGCC